ACAGCACAUUCUGCAGAUCAUUUUUCAUGUAUUAUAUGAGGAUGUUCCUACUGUUCUGCGUCCUCUGCCUGAUGUCUUCUACUGGCUACAGUCAGCUUCCAGGACCUCCUGGUCCUAAAGGUGACCCAGGACAUGAUGGGCCAGCUGGGCCACCUGGGCCACCUGGGCCAGCUGGGCGACCUGGGCCACCUGGGGCACCUGGAGCGAGGGGACCAGUUGGACCGCCUGGAUCUGCUAUAUUCUGUGGACGAGGUGUCUCUGGUCAGGAACUUGAAACCUUAAAGAACAGCCUCGCUAAGUUAGAGCUGGUUGUGAACUAUGACUUUGUCCGAAGAGUUGGUCAGAAAUACUUUGUGUCCUACAAGAAGAGAGACUCUUUCUCCAGGGCCGUCGAGUUCUGCUCCCAACGAGGCUUAGAGCUGGCUUUGCCCCAGAACGAGGAGGAGAACAACAUACUCACUCAGGUGUUUGGGGAUGAUAACAAAACAGCCUGGAUCAACGUCAACACUAACAAAGCUGAGGGGGAUUUUGAGGCUGAUAUGAAAAACCGACCUCUGACCUUUACAAAAUGGGGAGAAGGGCAGCCAGACAAAUCCAUCCAAGAUACAAGCUGCACCAUGCUGUCAGAAAACGCCUUCUGGAGAGUGACACACGACUGUUCUCUGAAGGCUUACAUCAUUUGUCAGAUGUAGAAAGUUGUUGUUGCCUUGCAAGUCAUGUUUUAGAUAUUGCUUUAAACAAAUGUAGU